AUGGAUCAGGAGUUUCAGAAGGUCUCUGACACAGGCAUCGAAAACAAGGCUACUGACGGGUUGAGUGCAAGCGCCACAUCUUCGUCAACAGUACCCCUUUCACCUUCUCACCAAGUACCCCCGUAUCGAGUUGGCGUUACUGAGCCUGAUGGCCCGCUGUCAAAAUCUCAGUCUAAACUUGAAGCGAGGGACUACAAUGAGGGCAACCGAUUUCCACGGAUUUCGCGCCCCGUAGAGUUGCUACGCCACACUUACGAUGUCGUCGUGAUCGGGUCAGGGUAUGGUGGCGGUGUUGCGGCAUCAAGAAUGGCGCGUGCAGGCCAGUCUGUAUGCGUCCUCGAACGCGGAAAGGAGAGAUGGCCGGGAGAAUAUCCCUCUAAUCUUGCCGAAGCCACACCUGAAAUCAGUGUCUCCGGGCUCUUUGCUCCAGGAGACAACCCGGGUGUACCAGUACAGAUCGGCGACCCGACGAAACUUUACCAGCUGGUCAUGGGCGCCGGCCAAAAUGCAUUCGUUGCGAGCGGUCUCGGAGGAACGAGCCUUUUGAAUGCAAACGUCUUUUUAAAGGCGGAUCCGGGGGCUAUGAGCCUCCCAGAGUGGCCAAAAGAGCUUAGACAGCCUGGUGCUUUGGAUGAAUAUUAUAAGCGUGCGGGUCAUAUGCUUCAGCCUGAACAAUACCCGGAUGACUUCCCGCCGUUGUUGAAGCUCGAGCUGCUGAAGAAACAGGCGGAGCUCCUGGGACUGUCAAAGCACUUCUAUCGGGUCCCGCAAACGACGAGGUUCGAGAACGGUCCAAACAAUGCAGGUGUUCAAAUGCAAGCUAGCGCACUUACAGGCAUGGACAGCACCGGUGUCAAUGAUGGCAGUAAAUCCUCGACCCUUGUCACAUACCUAAGCGACGCCUGGAAUUGGGGCUCUGAAAUAUUUUGCGAAUGUGAAGCUCGAUACAUCAAGAAGCACCCCACACAAGAAGGUUACCUUGUCUUCUUCGCCUGGCACGGCAGCAAACGGAGCCUCUUUAAGCGCAACAUCUACAAUGAUCUCAUGUGGGUACAUGCGAAGAAGUUUGUUUUCAUGGGCGCUGGAGCUCUAGGGACUACCGAGAUCCUUCUUCGAAGCAAGGCUCUUGGCAUGAAGUUGAGCCCGCGGGUUGGCAAAGACAUGAGCGGGAAUGGGGAUAUUCUGGCGUUCGGGUACAACACCAAUUGCGAAGCAAACGGUCUUGGUAGAGUUUCUCCAAGUCCCGAUAAACCUAUUGGGCCCACCAUUACAGGAGUGAUCGAUUGCCGCGAGCAACAGAAUCCGCUCGAUGGCUUUGUCAUUGAAGAGGGUGCCAUUACGGAGGCACUCGUUCCGGUACUCCAACAAUUGCUGGAAUCGUUGCCUGGAAAGAUCAUCCCUAAACCAUAUGCCCUCAAAGAUCGGCUGAUGCACUUCGUCGCCCGUCAGCAGAGCCGAAUCUACCCAUAUGCGUCAAUGGGAAGUCUGGAGAAGACUCAAACCUAUCUCAUCAUGUCCCAUGACAGUAACCAAGCAGUAAUGAAACUGGGAGACAACGACAGGCCCACCUUAACUUUCCUUGGAGUGGGAAGAAGUGACCAUGUGCAGUAUCUCAAUGGAAUCCUCGCAAAAGCAACCAACGCUGUAGGCGGGACCUAUGUCAAUUCCCCCUUCUUCGCAGCACUGGGCGAGCAAGAGAUCACUGUUCAUAUCAUGGGUGGAGCAACAAUGUCUAGUGACGGUACCGGUGUCAACGGAGCAGUAGACCAAUUUGGUCAGUUAUUCAAAGGGCCAGGCAAAGACGUCCACAACGGGAUCGUCGUCAUGGAUGCUGCCAUUCUGCCCACUGCUCUUGGUGUCAACCCAUUCGCGACUAUCACUGCGCUUGCAGAACGAUCAGUGGAGGCCGCGGCCAAGCGCGAGAAGUUGACAAUUGAUCUUGUGACCGAAAAUGGGACUCUGGACUUGUUUGGAGGACCGGCACAUUGGAAGCCGAUGAGCAAAGAGCUGUAUAAGGCGAAUAGAAUUGUUCACAUGGCGAUGGGGUCGGAAGCCGAAGGCAUCGAGUUCACAGAAGUGAUGGCUGGCUAUAUCAACACUGAAGAUCAAGUCGACACCGGUAGUGCGACGUCGGACUUCACAGUAGCUACAGAUGCAGCUCGAGCCGCAGGCAGCACUGCCAGAUUCUUUCUCAGCUGUCACGCCUGGGAUACGGACGAGUUGAUCGGGCGGUCUGACCAUCCUGCAAUGCUCACAGGCACUUUCACCUGUGCCGGCCUUCCUGGGUCUCCUUUUAUGGUGCUCCGAGGCGACUUCAAUCUCUUCAAUCACGACAAGCGAACGCCAGACACUACGAAUUUGACUUACGACUUUGACAUGAUGUCUAUGCGAGGUGAAAUAAUCCACUUUCAUGGAUACAAAUUGGUAGAUCGAUCCAUUGCUUUCAGACCCUGGCAGACAUGGAAGGCGACUUCUACACUCUACGUCACACUCACCAAAGGAGGCCAAACCAUUGGAAAGGGAACCUUGCACAUCGAGCCACAGGAUUUCGCUUCUGAGCUGUCGACAUUCACACCGCAUGGACCAACCAUGCUAUCGAAGGCAUUUUCCACAGGAAAGUUCCUGUCCUUCUUCACCAAACAGGUCUUGGCCAAUUUCUUGGGCCCCUUGGGUAUCAUGCAAUUUCCCACAACGACAUACCAAGGCUAUGAGGUGAACAAAAAGCCGCCGGUCGAGACGAGGAAAAUCACAUCGGUCGACAAGGUCGUGUCCAUUCUCCAACGAUGGGGUCCAAAAAUCUCAUCGCCAAGUGGACGUAAAGUGCUCCUGAUCCCUGGUGCCGCUGUCGACCACCAGAUCUUUGCUCUACCCACGAUUGAAGUGAAUGCAGUAGAAUACUUCCAAACAGCAGGCUAUGAGGUGUUCUGCGUCACUCAUCGCACAGGCAAGACGCCCAAUGCUCAGAGAGGAUUCACCACUUACGACGCGAGACUUGACAUCCAAGCGGCUUUUGAGGAAAUACAUAGCAUCCAAGGCUCCGAAGAACCAAUCUACACAGUGGCUCAUUGUGCGGGCUCCGUGGCUUUAUCGGCUGGAUUGCUCGAUGGUACAAUCAAGGCAAGUUGGAUCAGAGGCUUAACGGCUUCCCAGGUUUUCUUCAACCCGAUCUUCGGAACUGUCAACAAACUCAAAGCAUCUUCGCCGAUCUCCUUGACGAGGGUCUACAAACUGCUGGCGGGAAGUUGGUUCUCCUGCAGUUCAACGGAGCAUGAUUCUUUGAUCCAGCGGCUGCUGAAUGAAGUGGUCCGCCUAUACCCGGUAGGGUCACCUCGUGAACUCUGCAAUAGCGUCGUCUGCCACAGGCUGUGGUCACAUAAACGUUUAAACGCAGCAACCCAUGACAACCUCUCCAAAUUCCUAGGUGGCACCAGUAUGAACUCACUCAACCAACUCAUGUACCAGGGAACGCACGGUUACGUGACCAACAACAUCCUGGAGUCGCUAGUCACGCCGGCAAAUCUCCAGCUGCUCAGAGGUCUCCCAAUUCUGUUCAUCUCCGGCGCCGACAACGUGGUCUAUACUCCAGAGAACACCGAUAAGUCCUACACCACAAUGACAACGACUUUCGGGCAGAAGGACUAUGAGCGGGAAGUAUUCCCAGGGUACGGACAUCUGGACUGUUGGAUGGGUUCUGAGGCUGCACACGACGUGUACCCGACAGUGCUUGCUCACGCCGAAAAGAUCUACAAUGGUGAUCUGGACAACUAG